CGGUUUGAUGGAGGCGUUUACCGGUCUUAUCUUGGCGACCGCCGGUCGAACUAACAUCCGGUUCUAUAUGUUAAAUGCAACCCGAGAUAUUCGGAUCCGCUUCUAGAAAACCGUUUAUUUUGGGGAAGUUGCAACUUUUCAACGCUUACUUGGACCGCAAAAUCGGGUUAAUAUUAAAACCCGGGCUGAUAAAAACCCGUGAAAGUGGAGACGUAACCGGUCUAUCCGGUUCUACAUCGACUCAUCUUCCGACUAUAUAUUAACCCUAACCUCCAUAACUCGGUCUCCCCAGAAUUUCGACGACGAAAUUAAAAAAAAUCAAGUAAGUUUCCGUCUAAUCAACCUUUUCUUCUGUCCAAUCCGGGUUUUGUAUGCUCUUCUGUUGUCGUUGAUUUUGCAUAUAUGAUUGUUUGACGAUACACUUUUAUUCGUCAAUGGUUGAAAUGUGUAGCUACUAAUGCUGUAGAUUAUUAGUGCUUAAAUAUAGAUAUUAUAAAGAUAGCUAGCUUUGCGCUUGCAUGCGAAGUCUGAAAAAUGGCUUCCGAUUUAGAACCAGUACCUGUAAAUUCACAAAAACAUGAUCCAGCAUGGAAGCAUUGCCAAAUGUACAAAAGUGGCGAUAAGGUUCAGCUCAAGUGUAUAUAUUGCGGCAAAAUGUUCAAGGGCGGUGGAAUUCACAGGAUUAAAGAACACCUCGCAGGCCAAAAAGGUAAUGCGUCCAGUUGUUUAAGAGUACAGCCUGAUGUUCGUCUGUUGAUGCAAGAGAGCUUAAAUGGUGUCGUAGUGAAGAAGAGAAAGAAACAGAAAUUGGCUGAAGAAAUCACUAAUUUCAAUUCUGGCGAGACUGAUUCUUUUGGUAAUCAAUCUGCUUUGAACACUGAAGCUGUGAUGCUUCCUGUUGCAGAAGCUAUUGAGCCCAAUCCUAGUUUAUUACUGAAUCAAGAAGAAGAAGGUACUGUAAGUAGCAAGAGAGGUGGAGGUAGAAGAAAGAAAGGAUGUAGAGUGAGAAAAGGUUCGAAUGCUCUUGCUCUUAUUGAUACUGUGUAUGAUGAUUCAAAAAGGGUUAACCAUCAAGUUAGUUUAGCAAUUGGGAGGUUUUUAUUUGAUGUUGGUGUACCUUUAGAUGCUGUGAACUCCAUGUAUUUCCAGCCCAUGAUUGAUGCAAUUGCUUCACAAGGGUCAGGAGUUGUGGGGCCUUCAUAUCACGAUCUUCGAAGCUGGAUUUUAAAGAAUACAGUUCAAGAAGUUAGAACAGAUGUUGAUCAAUGCAUGGGGACUUGGGGAAAGAGUGGUUGCUCUGUUUUAGUCGAUGAAUUGACUUCAGAAAAUGGUAAAAUGUUUCUGAAUUUCUCAGUUUAUUGUCCCGAAGGGCUAAUGUUUUUGAGGUCUGUUGAUGUGAUCAACAUUAUAGACUCCAUAGACGCUUUAUAUGGUUUAUUCAAAGAAAUCAUUGAAGAAGUUGGAGUAAGAAAUGUUCUCCAGAUUGUUACUAACAAUGAAGAACGUUAUAUUGAAGUAGGGAAACGAAUCACCGAUAAUUUCCCCACCAUUUUCUGGACUCCAUGUGCGACUCAUUGUGUGGAUUUGAUGUUAGAUGAUUUCAGAGAACUUGAAUGGAUAAGUACGAUUCUUGAACAAGCUAGAUCAAUAUCAAGAUUCAUAUACAACCAUAGCUUUGUAUUGAAUAUGAUGAGAAGGUACACUUUUGGAGUAGACAUCGUUGUAGUGGGUCCCUCACGUGCAUCCACAGAUUUCUCCACACUGAAACGAAUGGUAAGUGUGAAGCACAACCUCCAAUCCAUGGUAACCUCAGAGGAAUGGAUGGAGUGUUCAUAUUCCAAGAAAGAAGAGGGGUACACUACUUUGGAUUAUAUAAGCAACCCAUCUUUUUGGUCAAUGUGUACAGUGAUCACCCAUUUAACAGAUCCUUUGUUGAGGCUUCUGAGAAUUGUUAGUGGGAAAAAGAGACCAGGAAUGGGGUAUGUUUAUGCAGGGGUAUAUCGGGCAAAAGAAGCAAUCAAAAAAGAACUUAUUGAUAAGAAAGAUUAUAUGGUUUAUUGGAACAUAAUAGAUCGUAGGUGGGAACAACUUCAUCGCCACCCUCUUCACACUGCAGGUUUUUAUUUAAAUCCAAAAUUCUUUUACAGUACAGAAGGAGAUAUACAUCUUCAAAUCAGGUCAUCAGUGUAUGAUUGUGUAGAAAGAUUGGUUCCUGACACUACAAUCCAAGAUAAAAUUGUUAAAGAAACAGCAUCUUAUCGUGAAGCCACUGGCGAUUUUGGGAGGAAAAUUGCUAUAAGAGGCAGAGAGACUUUACUUCCUGCUGAGUGGUGGUCUACAUAUGGAGGGGCUUGUCCGAAUUUGGCUCGUUUGGCUAUUCGAAUACUUAGUCAAACUUGUAGUUUGGUUGGGUGUAAACCAAACAGGAUUCCAUUCCAACAGAUUCAUGAAACAAAGAAUUAUGUAGAACACCAGAGGCUCAGUGACAUUGUAUUUGUUCAAUAUAACAUGAGAUUAAAGCAAAUAUGAUUUUCUAGGUUUUUGAACAAAGAAGAAGAUAACCCUGAUCCGAUUUCAUAUGACAAUAUUAACUAUGUUGAGGGUUGGGUGAAUGAGAGGGAGAUGAACACAGAUGAUAUUGGUAGGUCAGAUUGGAUGA